UGCCCAAUACAAAUAAACAAACAUCCAUAAAACAAUAAACCAGUAGAAAAUUCCAAAAGUUUUAGCCCUCUGCAAACCAGAUAUUUAUCUUUGGCAUUCAUAUUCUGAUUUAUAUUCCCAGAGUGAUCCAGAUUUUCAGUGUAUUUUCAAAAUUCCUGAUAGGAACUUCCUAUUGCCGCUAUUACUUUAUUUAUUAAUAAAAUGAAUAAUACAAACAAGAAUUCAUGCGAGCGAAAAGUUUUUUCCGAAAGGGACAAAUUGUUGCUUAUAUCAUUAGUUGAUAGUUAUAAGCACAUACUAGAAAAUAAGAAAACAGAUGCCACCAAUGUCGAAAAGAAAAAUGGGGCCUGGAAGGAAAUUACAGAUCUAUAUAAUGCAAAUGAUGUUUGUCCUAGAACUGAUAAGCAAUUGAGAAAAUUGCGGGAGAAUUUGAAACAAAGAACUAGGAAAAUUGAUUCAGAAAUGAGAAAAGAUUCUCAACUUCAAUCUGAACGCAACGCAUCUCAAGCAUUUAUUGAAGUUACUGAUGCACAGUCAAAUAUGGGCGACAUAGACCAAGAUAAGCCUGAAAUAAAAAAAAAGCAAGAUACCACUAAAGCAAAAAAAUCAAUGGUAAACGGACAACCGAAUGGGAAUAACACAUCUGAAAAUUUUAUAACUCCACAGAAGAAAAGAAAAAGACCAUCUGUAUGUGGGACCAUUCAACAAGAACAUCCCUAAUUGAACAGGAAGCUCUUCUAAGAAUACAGAAAUCGAAAAGAUCCAUGGAGCACGAUGAACAACUCCAUUUGAUUAAAAAACAGGCAGCCGAGGCAGAAAAAUUAUAUUGGGAAACUAAAUUAAAAAAA